ACGCUCCCCCUUACGUGAUUAAUAAUCCAAAUUUCAGAUUUCAGAUUCCAGAUUCUCUUUCACUCCCGCACCUUCUACAGUUCUACCACCUCUCUUCCCUCUAAAAAAAUCCCGAAAAAGAAUAAAUCCGAGGGUUACAAAAACAAUAUUUUUCGGGUGAAAUUAAUUUUUUGGGAUGAAAUUUGGGAAGGAAUUUCGAACCCAUCUAGAAGACACCCUACCAGAAUGGAGGGACAAAUUCUUGUGCUACAAACCCUUGAAAAAGCUGCUCAAACGUUUCCCGUACACCAUUUCUUCUGUAAAUAAUAAUAACAAUAAUAAUAACAAUAAUAAUAGGAAUAAUAAUGCUCAAAAUCAAGUGGGUGCUGGAAAUAAUGCAGAUGGUGGUGGGCCCAGCCGCCGUCAUGGUAGUGAGAGUGUGGGAUCCAGUGCUCCAACGGAGAGAUCCAUGUCAUUGGAGGAGUUUCAAGAUUGGUUUGUGAGGCUUCUAAAUGAUGAACUUGAUAAGUUGAAUGAUUUCUAUGUUGAGAAAGAGGAAGAAUUUGUAAUCCGUUUUCAGGAAUUAAAAGAAAAUAUUGUAAGGGUAAGGGAAAACAGAAGGGAUGGAAUUCCAGCAUCAGAAAGUGAAUUCAGUGAGGAAAUGAUGGAUAUCCGCAAGGAGUUUGUCACUAUACAUGGGGAAAUGGUGCUUUUGAAAAACUAUAGCUCCCUCAACUUUGCAGGACUGGUUAAGAUAUUGAAAAAGUAUGACAAAAGAACAGGAGGGUUGCUGCGACUUCCUUUCACACAACUUGCGGCACAUCAACCUUUCUUCACUACAGAACCUCUUACUAGAUUAGUCAGGGAAUGUGAGGCUAAUCUUGAGCUUCUCUUCCCACUAGAAGAGGAAGUUACUGAAUCAAUGUCUGCUCCUCGGGAUCAAAAUCAAGCAGAUCCCUCCCUCUCUGAUAUAACCAAUGUGCCUCCUGAUGCAUCAUCGUUAGGGGAAGCUAGCCAUGAAAUAUACCGGAGUACUCUUUCUGCAAUCAGAACAAUACAAGGCCUCAGGACAAGUUCAACAUAUAAUCCAUUGUCUUUUGCAGUGAUAUUUAGGGACCAAAAUGAUGAAGGUAGUGGAGCUGUAACAGCUGAGAACUCUCCUUCCAACAGUAGCCAUGCACCACCAUCAGAGGAUGAAGAAACUGUUGACCAACACAAUGCCGGUUCGGCUCCAUGAAUGUUCUAAAUCUUGCAGCUCUUUUGUUAAAAUGUUUUGUGUAAAUCCUCAGCUGACGGAGCCUGUGUACCAUUAGAUACAACACCGAAAUUAGCAUUUUUGUAAGGACCUCAAUUUCAAACUGACAGUGUUGUUCUUCUAUAUUUCUUACAUCAUAAUCACAGGUUAGCAAA